AUGGGGGAGGAGGUGAGGACAGGAGGAGGUGUGGGGUAGCAGAAUGGUAGCCUAGACACCUCAGAGGAAAAUGAGAAAGAAGUAGGAGAAACAGAGUGCGAUGGAGAAUGAGAUGAUUAGGAGAAAGGAAAGGAAAAGAACAGCGGGUAGAAGAGAAGAGAAGAAAAGAAAACUCUUUCAAUAAUUCAGGCAACUGAUGUGAACCAUUACUUUUGUGCCAGGGAUACUCAAUAAAUUACUAGAUCUGAUUCCAAAUCUAUCCAACAUUAGAGACGAAGGGAUCUAUCAAUAAACUUUUGUAGAUAUUAGAUUUGAAUGUAAAUAUAAAAAAGGAAAAUCCUGAGAGCAAACAAAAGACAGAAAAGAAAAAAAGAUAGGAAAAGAAUCAUCAGCGUUUAAGGAGAGGCAUUGCCAUGUAGACGUAGAAAGUUGUGCAUAUUUUUAUGUCAUUUACACUUGAAGCCGUGGCUGAGUGUUUUGUGGCAUUUCUCGAACAGUUUCUCAGGCAGCUGCGAUUUAAAAUUCUAGAAUACAAAUUUAUAAUCUUUAACUUUUGCUGAUAAGUUCACAUAAAUCAACAAAGCCUUUUAUUCCUCUUUUCAUUACACUAAUUGUAAUUGCUUAAUAUAGUAGAAAAGAAGAAAGAUCGAGACUUCUGUACCUUAGCUUAAUGUGUUGCCCCAACUGCUUGAAUUCUUACUUUUUUAAGGCAUAUUUUGCCAAGAAUGUUUUGUUCACUUUCUAUAUCUUUUUAAUGACAUCAAUGAAUCACUUCGCAUCGUAUUAUGUCUGUCAUCCUGUAUUUUACGUUGGAAGAUCAUGCAGCAUUUUUGUGCAGGUACCGGGCCUCCAAUGGAGGAAAGUUCCCUACUGCUUCCUCCAUUAGACAACAAACUGGUGGUUCCUACUAUGUUGUCAAGGCAAUUAUUCAGGAAUUGGAGUACAAGGCAAAACAUCGCCCUAUGAAAGGAAUGGAGACGUUCCCUUUCAAAAAGACACAGGAGAAUAUCUGCACAUCUUCUGAUGCACGUAAAGAAGCUCCUUUGGUUGAAAAAUCAGAAGGUUCAGUCCCUGUUUCAUUGGAAAGUUGCACUCAUCAGGGGCAGUCCCUGUUUCAUUUCAGUGAAGACCAGAUGCUCAAGACUUUAAUUCAUUCUGAUGAAGCCCAUGAUUCUCCUGUUAUGUCUGCUCAAAUGGAGGAAUCCCGUGAUGAAUCGCUAUCGGUAGAUGUUAGCAAAAGAAAUGAAUUCCAUAUUGAACUCACCUAUGAUGUGAACCAUCUAAAUACAGAGACUAUCAAAUCGGUGCAUCCAAUGACAGAUUCUGUUGAGAAGGAUAUUCCAAAAGUGGUAGAAAAUAAUCAUGGCUUUUGUGUAGAUGGGGUUUUGAAUGAAGCCUCUGCCACUGAUUCUUCUCUUUCUUCCUUGAAAGACUCUUGUGUCGAAAAUCUUCCCGUUAGUGUCUAAGCCUCUCCGUGAUAUAAUUCUCCAUUUUUCCAAAGAAAAUGUUACUGUUCUCCCUUGUGACCUUGGCUUUGAAGACAUAUGAAUAAUCGCAUAUUCUUUACAGGCUGGCGUUGGGGGUUCUGUGGGGUCCCACAGUUCCUGGGCAAAACCAGGCAUUACAGAAGACGUGCUGAAGACAUUUCCCGGAGAGUCCGAUGUCAAGAGAGGAGAUGUGGGUGUUCUGAUCGGCACAAAAGGAAAGGAUGCUCAACAAUCUUCCAACGAUAAUGGCUCUCACAAGUAAGCAUCCUCAUCUUAAUCUCAUGUUCCAUGUAAGCGGUUGUCACCUGGUGUUUUAAAUUCUGAUCGAAUUGUAUGAAUGGGUAGAGAUCAUAAACUACCUCCAAAGGAAAUCUUGGCAAAACAUUCAGUGGUUUUGAAUCAGACUUGUCCUUUAGACAAUUGAAUCUUCCUUCCAUGUAUGGAGUUCUCUGAAUCUUGAAUGUUAGAAUUAGCUGUUAUACUUAUGAGAAAAAAACGGGAGCAAUUUCCAUUAAAAAGGUAUGAUAAAAAAAAUACAAAAAUUGAGGAUUUUUAACCGUUAUAUUUGGCCUGCAUAGAGCUCAAUUUUCUUUGAUUCUUUUAACACUUCCAGAAAGUUUAUAAUUUUCUUUCUUCUAAAUCAUAAAAAUUUACUCUGUUCAUUCUGAACUCACGUUAUAGUUGCCCAAAGACUUCAGAUGAGGGAGGGAACCAUGAACUUGGUAUGUGAUUCAUGGUGAAUGAAUCCAUGUGCGGCUAAAAGUUUUUGGAUCAUUGCGGAAAAUACUUGAAGCCUAAAAUCAUUUCAGUACAUUGUUAAACAAGCUCAUAUUUGAGUUAAGGUAGAUAGAAAAAUGCAAAGAUUUAAGAUAUUUGUAUCCCUUUUAAGGGAGGCCCUGAGGGUACGAUAACCAAGAUGCUUUAACAAUUUCUCCAUCUGGAUCCCUGCCUUUGUGCGUCGUCGUGGCUAAUUAUAAUCUUAUCAGCUUUCUAUUUUCUUACUUGUCUUCUACAUUCCAUCCUCAUGGAAAUAUUUCACCAUCUUCAUUAGGAAUUUUUCUAAAAACAUCUGUUUCUAUGUUCAGGGAAGACGUCAACAGAAAGCCAGAGCAUGAAGAACCCCUGCCCGAAAACCCAUCUCUCUGGGGAAAUUUAAGAUCCAUGGCUCGGGGCAUCAUCAGUUUCUUCAGGAAGAUGUGA